CACGUUCGGAUGCGUUUCCGAGUUUUUCACUACCUGUGUGCGUCGGAGUUCUACCUCUCGGUUUAGAAGAAAAUGUGUUUAGAAACAAUGGAAGGCUCUUGAUUCGUUUGCUAGUUUGAACACUGAGUUCGAAACGUUCUCAUAGGAACCUCCAUUUUUAAAUAAUGAGCUUACACGUUCUGAUCUACGGCUGAGGUCGAAAUAGUAAAAUGACAACCUUAAUAGAAAAAGGAACUUCUAAUGUAGCACCUGCCUCUGCAGACAAUUGUAUUCAACGAGUGAAGUGUGUUUUAGUGGGAGACGGUGCUGUAGGUAAAACGAGUUUAGUAAUUGGGUAUACGACAAAUGGGUACCCGAAAGAAUACAUGCCCACUGCUUAUGACAAAUAUUCAGUCAUUGUAAAUGUGAAUUACAAGCCUAUACAACUGCAAAUCUGUGAUACUGCUGGCCAGGAUGAUUUCGAUGCUUUGCGUCCUCUCUGCUAUCCUCACACGGACGUCUUCCUCCUCUGUUUCAGUGUGGUCUACCCUACCUCUUUCUACAACAUAUUCGAAAAAUGGAUAUAUGAAGUAAGGCAUUACUGUCCAAAGGUACCCAUAGUGUUGGUGGGAACCCAAAGCGAUCUCAGAACGGACAUUAAUGUUCUGAUUGAACUUGCCGAAUACAAAGAAGAACCUGUGAGUGUGCAGCAAGCCAAGCACCUUGCUGCUAAGAUUGGUGCUGUAGCGUACAUAGAAUGCUCUGCUAUGACUCAAAGAAAUCUGAAGGAGGUCUUCGAUACGGCAUUGAUGGCUGCCUUGAGAACUCCCAAGUUCGAUUCCAUGAGCAAUGGCGUAUGUCCUCAGGGUAAAUCCAACUGUGAUCCAAACCACAAGAAGUGCUCGUCUAGUCAGAAAAGACGAAAGAAAGGAUUGAGAAAAUUGUGGUGUUUUUCUUGAAUCUUGUGUGAUAUGUUAUGCUGUUCUUUCAGAGUUUUUUUAAAUGUUAAAUGAAUGUUUAAAAUGUGCGAUGGAUGGAAGAAGAAGACGUUUUAACUUAUUGCCCAACACUGUUAUUUUUUGUGCGUGGAACCUUGUUUUUUUUUUAUGUGUGUUUUACUUUGUUACUUACAUUAUUUUUUAAAAAAUACUUCUGGUAUGAUGGUGAAAUAGAAAUUCAUUUUUUUAGAAUAGUAUUUUAUUUUAGCAAAUUUUUGUUAGGGAAAAAGUUAUUUUUUAACUAUUGUAUUAAUAUGUCACACUUUUGUAUAUGAUUUUUUUGAAGAAAUUUUCUUUUGUCAAAUCUCGUUACAAAGCCAACUCACAAUAUUGAAUACUGAUCGCAGCUGUCUCUAGUGAAGAAGUUUAUUGUCAUUACGUGCUAAAAUAAUAGCAAGUAAUAACAAUAAUAAAUCAUCAUAUUUUCAAAAGAAAUUUAUAACUUUUAUUAUCGUAAUUAUUUACUUCUUAAAAUAAAAUUUUAAAAAAAACUUUUUGAGAUAUGAAUGGAACAAUCUAUGUUUUUAAACACUAAAAUUAUUCUCAAUAAGCUAAUAAAUUCAAUUUCUCAGAAUAUAGAUUUUUUUUUGUACUCUCAGAGAUGUUCACAAAACAAUUGUGGGGAUUGAUAUGCAAUUACAGCUUAUUAAAACCAUUAGAUAGUUGAAUAAUUGACUUAACACAUGGAAAUUGACUCAUUUCAAUUUAGUUUAACUUCCUGUUUUAAAGCUAACCAAAGAUUAUUCUGAAACGGAUUACGUAAUUUUGAACUAAGGUCAUAUAAUGGAGCCAGCACCUACAAAGUUAACCCUAUUCUCCAAAUUUCUUUACCACAGUAAAAUGAAGACGACAGAUUUAGUGUUCGCCAGUCACAUAUACGGCGGAACUUCCGGUAUAUCAGACCAGUUUUAUCGAACCUGAAACCUUAACAGUAAGCCAUACCUGCCUUAUACCAUAAUAAAUAAGUAACGUUCGAUUGGAUAGUUAGAAAAGUACUUUUAAUAUAUAUAUAUACAAGAAAUAAAGAGAAUAAGGUCGGAAUGUAAAUACAAUUUGAAAGAAAUGUAGUCGUAGUAAAAUACAAAAUCCUUUUACUUUAUCUCGCCAAAUGAUCUUUAAUCUUUAAACAGGAAAAAAUAUUAUUAACAUUAACAUUUUAAAGAUGAAUUUUUUUAGCAGUUUCCAAACCAUGACCAGCUGGAAUUAUUACACGCAAAAGUGGUGCAUUCAAAAAAAGGGAGGGGGGGGGAGUUUGAUAGUAGAUUUUAUUCUUUCAACACGUGAUUUACAACGUGGAUUUUAGCUAACACAGCAGCUAUUGGAGGUUUUCGAAAAGUGCAGAUGCACAUUAUUUCGAAUUCACUUUCACACACGAAUGUAGAGGUGCUUUUAUCUUUAUAUCAAAAUAAAACUGCCUUUAUUUUUGAAUUAAAACAUAAGAUCAUAUAUUUUUAAAACUAAAAUGGCAAUUAAAAAAUUAAUUUUAAAGGUGCGCAUUAAUGAAAUUUAUCAUAUACAUUAAUACAAAAACACUAGAAAUCAGCAAAUUGUAAACAGAUAUUCGUUACAAAAAAAUAAAUUAAUGGUGUAUACUUUUUAUUACAUAAAUAUUUUUAACAUUAAUAUAUCUUUAAAAAUGUUUUUAUUAUCAAAUGGUGGCAAAUUAUCAUGUGUGUUGAAGGCUACGUUAGUAGAAUAAUAAGUUUCUGUUUGAUCGUUUUCUUUCAGAUGACAAUGAUAUUACCCAUAGUUCCUUUUUAUAGCUUUUCUUAUCAUGUUUGUAUAUGUUAUUGUUUAUUGAUAUUAACUCAUUUACUAAAAAGAUUUCUUUAAAGAAAGACUUUAUCAUAUUUAUUAACCGAAAAUAUUACCAUGAUGAACAGGCAAAUAUUCAUUAGACUAUGGCAUUUUAUGAGAAUUUUGUUGUUGUUGUAAUUGUUCCAUUUGUGAGGCAGCAGUUGUUGACAAACUUAAAUGCUGAGAUUUAUAUUUGGCACAGUUCACAUAUACUUUUCCGUACAUUAUCUAUAUUGUUAAAUAUUUUGUAAAGAAAACCAUUUAUUCAUCGAAGGAAAAAUAACCUUUGGAAGAUAAAAUAUUGAACUUAUUGACGUUUUGUCACGACAGCAAGAUAAAUCACUCAUUAACCUAAAUUCUAAUAUUCACUAUGAAAGUGUUAAAAAGAAAUAUGUCACGCUAUCUAUUCUAUUUUAUUGAUGAACUAAUUAUGUUUCACGAGAGGAUUAAUAUUGUUAAUUCUAAUAAUCUCUUUCAGAAAGAGGAUAUGACAAUUGUGGAACAUAAUGGCACUUAAUAAAAAUCUUCCUAUUUAAUAAAAAUCUUCACCAUCUUUUGUAUAAAAAAUUAUUACUUUAUGAGUUUUAGAUUCCAAUAGAAAUAAACAAUUUAUUCGGGAUUCGCCAUUUUGUUUUCUCAAGUGCAGUUUACAAGAGUUUAAAGCAUUACCUCAAGCCAUUUUCAGAAUCUUUUAAAUCACGCUCAUUUUCGUUCUUCCCCUUACUGCUGAAUGAAUAAUAGCAUUUGGUCAAGCGUCAUGGAUGACUUCAUUUCGUUCACACGGAAAUGCGUGACUUAAAUAACAGACGGAAGAAUACGAUUAAUAGUGUAUAUUUGAAACGAAUGAAGAAUGCUGCAAUCUUAUAUAUGUAUAAGCAAUAAAUACGUGUUUAUAAAAAUGUUAAAUUUGUUCCUUGAAAAUUUUAUGAUAUAAAAUGUUUUAAGCUGCAAGUAUUUUGUUGAAAAAAGAAUUAUAUCAAAUUAAAACAAUCUGUGAUGAAAUUUGCUACAAAAUAAAAUAAUAGUUUAUUGUUAUUUAUUCAAAUGUUUGAAAAUGAAUUUUGAAUUUUGCUAAAUUCAAAUCUUUUUGUGAAUAUGUAAGUAUAAAAUGCAAAAUAAAUAACAUAAAAAUUUUAUACAUUGAAUAAAAUUAUGUAAUUUGAAAAAAACCAGUUAUAAUAAGAGAUAUUUGUUAUUUAUUU